AUGGAGCGGAACACCAACCUCCGCUGGCGGCUGCCGCUCACCUGCCUGCUCCUACAGGUGGCCAUGAUAGUUCUCUUCGGCGUGUUUGUGCGCUACGACCCCGAGGCCCAUGCCCAGUGGUGGAUGGAGAAGAAGCGCAGGAACUUCUCCAGCGACCUUGAGAACGAAUUCUACUAUCGCUACCCGAGCUUCCAGGACGUGCACACGAUGGUCUUCGUAGGCUUCGGUUUCCUCAUGACCUUCCUGCAGCGCUACGGGUUCAGUGCAGUGGGCUUCAACUUUCUGCUGGCGGCCUUCGGCAUCCAGUGGGCACUGCUCAUGCAGGGCUGGUUCCACCACUUUGAAGACGGCUACAUUCUCUUGGGCAUUGAAAACCUCAUCAACGCUGACUUCUGCGUGGCCUCUGUCUGUGUGGCCUUUGGGGCAGUUCUGGGUAAAGUCAGCCCAGUCCAGCUGCUCAUCAUGACCUUCUUCCAAGUGACCCUCUUCACAGUGAAUGAGUUCAUUCUCCUCAACCUGCUAGAGGUGAAGGAUGCGGGGGGCUCCAUGACCAUCCACACCUUUGGUGCCUACUUUGGGCUCACAGUGACCUGGAUCCUCUACCGACGCAACCUAGAGCAGAGCAAGCAGAAGCAGAGUUCUGUGUACCACUCGGACCUCUUUUCCAUGAUUGGCACCCUCUUCCUGUGGAUAUACUGGCCCAGCUUCAACUCAGCCAUAUCCUACCAUGGGGAUGCACAGCACCGAGCUGCCCUCAACACCUACUGCUCCUUGGCAGCCAGUGUUCUCGCCUCAGUGGCAGUGUCCAGUGCCCUGGACAAGAAGGGCAAGCUGGACAUGGUGCACAUCCAGAACGCCACGCUCGCGGGAGGGGUGGGCGUGGGCACUGCAGCGGAGAUGAUGCUCAUGCCCUAUGGCUCCCUCAUCGUCGGUUUCAUCUGCGGCAUCUUCUCCACCCUGGGUUUCGUGUACAUAAUGCCAUUCCUGGAGUCCCGGCUGCGGAUCCAGGACACCUGUGGCAUUCACAACCUGCACGGCAUCCCUGGCAUCAUAGGUGGCAUCGUGGGUGCCGUGACAGCAGUCUAUGCCAAGCCUGAUAUAUAUGGAGAUUCAGGGGUAGUCCAUUCCUUUGACUUUCAAGGUUUCAAGAACUGGCCCACAAAAACACAGGGCGAGUUCCAGGCGUAUGGCCUCCUGCUGACCUUGGCCAUGGCCUUUGGGGGCGGCAUCAUCGUGGGGCUCAUUUUGAGAUUACCAUUCUGGGGACAAGCAGCUGAUGACAGCUGCUUUGAGGAUGCCAUCUACUGGGAGAUGCAUGAAGAGAAGAGCACUGUCUAUGUCCCUGAGGACCCAACCCUCAAGCCCCCAGCACCCUCAGUGCCCUCGUCACCCUCUGUACCCUUGGCACACUCGGUACCCAUGACGCCCUUGGUACCUUCAGCAUCCUUGGUACCCUAAGCUCCCAAGACAGGGGAGAAGCAGGCUCCACAGACUGUCGGGGGGACUCUGGAAGGAGCUGGUGCGACCUAGCUGGGGAUUCAAGAGCAAGUCAGCAGCAUCCUGCAUGCUGCCCUGGCCCCAGGACCUCUCCUCCCACCCCUCCCUUCAUCCCAGGGGCCGUGCCUGAGAAAGGAGAAGGAGGAGCUGCAGACCAAGUGGGCUUUCAAGCCAAGGUCCAGCAGAAGAAGGUCUGCCCCUGCCUGGGGUCUUGGUGGCCAUUUCCUGAGAAAAGCAGGCCCAAAGUGGACC